CGGAGGAGCGGAGACCUUCCGGGCUCGCAGCCCGGCCCGGCCCGGCUGUGGCUCGGCGCGGCCCGGCCGCCAUGAAGCUGACUCGGAAGAUGGUGCUGACGCGGGCCAAGGCGUCGGAGCUGCACAGCGUGCGCAAGCUCAACUGCUGGGGCAGCCGCCUGACCGACGUGAGUGUCCGCGGAGCGUCCCCCGGGGACCCAGAAGCCGCCGCUGCCGCCCGAGAGCCCCGGGGCUGCAGGAGCCUCGCCGACCCCUGCGUGGCCCCUCCGCGCUGCUGUCGGAAUCUCCAUCUGCCGGGAGAUGCCCAGCCUAGAAGUGAUCACACUCAGUGUCAACAGCGUGUCCACGCUGGAGCCCGUGAGCGGCUGCCGGCAGCUGAGCGAGCUGUACGUGCGCCGGAACCGCAUCGGCAGCCUGAGCGAGCUGGCCCACCUGCAGGGCCUGCCGCGCCUGCGCGUGCUCUGGCUGGCCGAGAACCCAUGCUGCGGCCCCGACCCGCGCCGCUACCGCCUGACCGUGCUGCGCGCGCUGCCCCGCCUCCAGCGGCUGGACAACCAGGCUGUGACAGAGGAGGAGCUGUCCCGAGCACUGAUAGAGGGAGAGGAACUCACAGCCCUGAGUGUGGGGCACCCUGCACCCGAGACCCAGGGGGACUCCCUGGGCUACAGCGAAGAGGAAACGGGCACCGAGGUCCAGCUGGGUCAGAAGCCUCCCACCCAGAGUCACUUCCCCUCGGCACACACAGAAGCCAUGAACGGCUGCAAGACCAAGGGCCAUGUCCUGAGCGCGGUGCUGCUGCUGCUGCAUGAGCUGGACGCCGAGGCGCUGGAGACCGUGCACCAGGGCGUGGUCAGCCGGCUGCAGGCCCUGCAUGCACCCGAGGUGCAGGAGGACAUGGAGUGACCCAGGAAGCGACCACCUGUAGGCAACCCCCACAGGAUGGUCCCGCCCUGCAGUGCACCCCAGGGCUGGCCCUUGGAGGGCUGGACAGCCGGAACACCGAGUCCCCACCCAGCCUCCUGUGCCGUGAGCGCCACCUCAGGUGAGCCCCCGCUUGGGCCGGCCACCCAGUGGUCACACACGGGGACCGCGCAGGGACAAGAGGGGCCCUUUACUGUAGGCGAGCCCUGCUGGGGGCUGUCCCCUGGAAGCCAGCACAGCGGUGGGCCCCGAAUCCCAGGAGGAGCUGCUCGGGCAGCCUGUGGCAUGAAAGGUGCCCCGCUGCCCCCAGCCCGAAGUGACCAUACUGGACUCAAUAAAGGUUGUUCACAAAGCCAA